AUGUUACGGAAAAGUCUUGAAAGGGAAGUCCACGGUUUUGUGUCUUUUGCUGUUCUUAUUCGUGACGAAAUUGAUGAAUUUGUGGUGGGUGCUGGUAAGGACAUUUUGUUAGUCACAUGGAAUAGUCACAAAGAUGAUGAUGACCCUAAAUGGAAAAGAAUAGCAACUGUGGACGAAAAUAUAUUUGGCAACAGAUUGGAUUAUGGAACCGUCGACCCGUUAGGCAGACUGGUGUUUGGGACGAUCAACGUUGAUGGACUUAAAUUGGGAAAUUUGACCUCUUUGAAUUCUGAACUGGGUUUGAGAAGACACAUUACGGAUGUCAGUUCGAGCAGUGGAUUCGUGUGGGAAACACAUGUGACUAAUCCUCCCACAGUCUAUUACGUCGAUUCUGAGUCAAAUUAUAACAUCGAUGCCUACACUUUUCACUCCAGAUCAGGAAGAUUUGUGAACAGUAUGGUCGCCUUUAAACGGACAGGACAAAUGAAGGGUUUUCCGCGUCGUCUGACAGUUGACAGAGGUGGUAAACUCUGGGUGCCUGUUAAUGGAGGUGGCGAAACAGUUAACGAACCUAAUCUAAAGUUGCGCACCGAGCCUAGGCUCGCUUCCCUCCAGACGCAGAACCGUUGCACCGCAUGGGAGGAAGUGGGGGAGAGUGCGCAUACGCAGGGCACACACGACGUUCUCCCAUCAAUUCCCUCCAUGCGGCGCGGCGGUUCUGCGUCUAGAAGCAGACGAGCCUAG